ACUACUAACACUCACAGCUGUUCCGUACCAAACUCGGUCUGUAUAAACAGUACACGAUGUGAACAGAUCGUCUGUUAUCCAUUGCAAUUAGCUUUAUCUAAUGUCUGUCCACCUCGUCUUGCAACAAAUUCUGCAGCUCCAUCUACGGCCACAAUGACAACAACCAGAACAACCACAACGAGGGUCCCCACAACAACAACAAGGCAGCCCAGCACGACAAUUACCACUCAUACAACAACGAAGCCUCCUACGACCACAACCCUGCCAAGGACAACAACAACUGUGAAAACAACAACCACAAAAGUUGCCGGGAAUGGAACACAGGGUUCAGCAAUGAAUGAAUUACAGAACCCGCUUGACCUUGCUCUUGAUAGUCAACAAAGUUUAUAUGUUGCCGAUUAUGUUAAUCACCACUAUGUUAGCAACGUAUUUAUCGAUAAAUCUGAUAAUCUCUAUUUUACUCUUUUUGCGGAGGUAAAAAAAUUGAAUAUGACCAGUGGUUUAAUAACACGAGUAGCUAGCAAUGAUGGAAAUGCUGGAUCAGCAUUGAAUCAAUUAGAUGGUCCUCAAGGUCUUUAUGUUGAUCAGAAUGGUAGUGUCUACGUGUCAGACACUUAUAACAUGCGUGUAAUGAAAUGGUUAGUUGGCGCAACUCAGUAG